GACAUGACUUUGCGAUGUGAUGUCCCUUACAUUUCUAAAUCCUCAACAUUACUGUGGAUUAAAGAAACAGACCAAACAUCAAACACAACUCUAGUGUACAACAACUCUGCCUACAUCAUCUUACACAAUGUUGAUGAAAACAGUGAAGGAAUAUACUAUUGUAUAUUACAGGAAGAUGGAAGUACAAAAACUGUCAUUAAUCGCACACUUAGUGUCAAUCAGUAUUCAGAAAGUAAAAAGCUUACAAUUUACAGACAAAGCUCCAGUCACAGUGAUUUAUUACUAAUUUGCAAGUCUAAAAAGAAAUACCACAGGUUGAUGUGGACCUUGGAGUCGAGGCCAAAUUCAAAAGCCGUAUUGAUAGCUGUAGAAAAAGGAGGAGAGGUUCAAGUUAAAGGGCCGAUCAAGCCAGGAGGAAAAACUUCUACCACAUACGACAGUCAAAUUUUUAUCCUACACAUCUCAUCUGUGAAGUUCAAUUAUAGUGGAACAUACAGGUGUAUUGUGGAUGAUCAAAAUACUUUCUACACAACCACAAUCCUACGCACCAUUAGAGUCUCUGCAGAGCCCCCUGGUGGUGUGUUGAGGAAUCAAUCAGUUGUUCUUACCUGUGAGGUGUCUAAUGUUUCUGAUUCUGUGAAAUUGGUCUGGCUCAGGAUGCAGGGGAACAGAGCAGUGCUGGUCAAACAGCAAAUGCUGAAUGAGAAAAAGAAGAAGAAACUUCUCACAGUGAACGUGAAUAGCCUUAGUUCAAAUCUGCUGCGCUGGCAGUGUGCUGUAUUUACUGAGAACACACUCCGAACUGUGGCCCCUAUAACAAUCAGUCUCAUCUCAUCAGCUACAAAUGCUCCAAGAAGAUCAACAGAAACCUCCACUUCACCAAACCAGGAAGACACCUUAACACAGGAAAGCCACAUACAGACCGUGAUCCUUGUGACCUGUGCUGUCACUAUCAUUGUCCUGAUUUUGCUGGGACUGCUCGUUUUUAAAUGUUGGCGAAAAACAUUUAUUGGUGGUCACGACACUGUGCUGAACUUCCAGAAGGAAGAGGAGGAACUUCAUUAUGCUUCAGUGACUGUAGCAGGAUGCAGUCAGGGUGACACACAAGGAGCUGAGAGCUGGUUGAAACCCAAUGCAAGGUCAAAGGUGUCAUACAACAGUUCUACAGUCAUCUACUCUGCCAUUAAAAUACAGUGAGAGACAUUUUUCCCUGAAUUCUCGCUGUUUUUAUUCAUAAUUAUAUGGAUGACAAAAUGCAC